AUGUACCUAAAAAGUAUAACUUGUUAAGAAAUGCUAUCUAAAAUUGAUGCACUGAAGUGCCAACUGGAAUCUGAGAAGAAGAAUCAUGAGAUGGAGUUCAAAUAGAUUAAAUUGGAUGGACAAAAAGAAAUUGCAGUAUUGUAGGAUGAAUUCAAAAAAUUGCAAGAAAUGGUUGCAAAUGUUUAAUUCUAAUAGUGUUUUAAGAUGAAGAGUGAGAAUAAGAAACUAAACAGGAAAAUACUAUUUUUCAUGAUAUGUUGA